AUGGAGAAGCUUCGGGUUGUUGGGCAUGUAGUCCAUCUCGCUCAACACUUUACGGUCUUUACAACCCAGUAUUACGUAUGUAAAUUGAUAGUCCAACAAUUAGCAAUUCUAGCCCAAAUCCACGCAUCGUCUGAGUGUACUUCUAGUCAAGUGUACAGCCUCCCCCGACUCUAUACUUCUAAACAUUCCAUGUGCCUCCUCUUCUUCCUUGUGAUGACUGUG